AGCAGCGACGGGGUCGGUGGCAGGGGGAAUAGCCAAUCUGUUUCCCAUUCGCUGAGCCCAUCAAAUCACCGAUUUUGAUAAUUGAAUCUUGGGCUCCACUUGUAUAUGCGAAAAAGCUGAACCGUACGAUACUACCUCCGGCCCCAACGGCUAAUUUUCUCGAGAUCGAGAGAGAGUGGGCGGCGUGGAUGCCUCGUUGCCCUCGAUCUCGUUUGCUCGCCUUUAAACAGACAUUAAUACAUCGACUAAGAGCAUCAUUACAAAAGUUAAAUGCCUUUUGGAGAUUUCUAAAAGCGCCUUUUCUUAUCUUAUCUUUUCUUCUUCUCUAAGUAGAGAGAGAUUUUAGUCCAUGGCGUUGGAGUCGUGGUUCGUGGAACAGGCAAGAGAAGAGCUCCAGAUUCUGGAAUCCCAGCAUCCUAACCGAUUUGACUAUCUCAAGCUUGAGCUCAAGACCUUCAUCUCAGAAUCCGACAAGUUCUCUUCUUCUUCUCGAUUUCUCUCUGAAAAUCUCCAUUCCUUGGGGGAUGACUCCCACUCCACCUCCGCAAGCACUCAAGUGUCAUCUAACAGAAGGAAGAGGAAAGAUUCUAAAUUUCAAGAAUGUGGGGUCGAUUUUCAGAAAUCAAAGCCAAAAAUUCGAAGGUGUGGAGUUGUCUCAGAAGACAGGGUCGACAUGGUCAUUCAGAGGGCUGAGGCGUGCCUUCAGAAAAUCAAAGAAACAAAGGAGAAUUUUCUUAACGGCGGAGAUGUCUUGUAAUUUGUAAAUAAUGACAGAAAAGUAGAGGCGAGGGUUUUGUAAUUUUUUGCACCCUUUCUUUUUCUCUAUGUGGUGAGACAGUGGUGCAACUUUGUACCACUGUAUUACCAAAAGUGGCAAAAGUGGAGUCAGGACUCAGGUUGGUGGAAUUAAGCAGUAGCUUGUUUAGUACUACGGUAGAGUAUGAAUCUUGAUACUCGGGCACUUAGAUGUGGUACACGUGGCAUAAAUUAACUAAAAUUAAACGGUUACAUAGUGGACAUUUGUCUA